CAUAGAAUUGCCGAUUUUCCAAGCUUCGAACAGCGGAAUAGAACCAAAAGGUUUAAGCUAGGGUUUAUUGAAUUUCAACAAGAGAAGAAACACAAACUUAUCGGCGGUUAAAGGAGAUUGAAAGUGAAAUUUCAAGAAAAAUGGAUGCUUUUGGAUCAUCAUCAACGAAUGGAUCAUCUUCUUCUCAACCUAAUCCUGAAGCUAUCAUGAGUCAGCUCAAAAACCAGCUUGCUCAAGCCUACGCUGAAGAAUUCCUAGAGACGGUAAGGGGAAAGUGCUUUGAAAAGUGCAUAACAAAACCAGGGUCAAGUUUAAGCGGAAGUGAGCAAAGCUGUGUAUCAAGGUGUGUGGAACGCUAUAUCGAGGCUACGGGUAUAGUUAGCAGAGCUCUUUUCAGCCAACAACGAUAGAGUCUAGACUCUCGAAUGUCGCUCAGCACAAGAAAUCUCGUGAAGAAUAUGCCACUUCAUGCUCUAGAUACAGCAUUUUUGUUGUCAUAGCUGAGCAAACUACCAUAUAUUACUCGAAAUUUUACCCAUGUUUUAGAAUGAUGAACACAUAACCAUGCAUUUUGCCGACUAUUUCCUUAAUUACUUCUAUUUACUAGUCUCUGAACUUUAAGCAUGGCCAUCCAUGGUACACCCAUGCUGAUUUUGUUGUGUAAUUCCUUUUCUAGCAGUACGAACGUAUCCCAUGUUAUGGUAGUAUAUCCUUACAGAAAAUAAUUGUAAUGAUUGGCAUUCGUGUCAGAUUAAAUCAAAUUGGAUCGUGUUCACGACUACAAUCACCUAACUCA